AUGUCGUCUCUCCCUCGCCCGUAUCGCUUCCACGUCGGUGCUAACUGGGCAGGCAAACCCCCAGAGCCACAGACCCGCCGCUUCAAGACGAAGCCAUUUCCACCAGAGAGCGAAAUAGGCCAUUGGAGAGACGAGAUAAUGUCCAAGUAUCAUUCAUCGACUGGUACACAUAUUGGAGAGGAUUUUUUUUAUGUGCAGGAUAUGCGCAACGAGUCGGGGAUAUCCUUUGGCGUCGCGGACGGUGUUGGCGGUUGGGUCGACUCCGGUGUGGAUCCCUCUCUCUUCUCGCAAGCCCUCAUGUACCACGCGCAUCGAUAUUCAAAAAAUGCAUGGGCCGGUGAGCCAGAGACGGACCCAACGCAGGACUACGAAGAGCGCGAGCAGGUCGAGGGCUGGGAGAUGACGCCCGCAGAGUGCCUUGAGUUGGCGUACGGUGCCGUCCUGAGAGAGCGAUACGUGCAGGCGGGAUCGAGUACGGCGUGCCUGCUCACUCUCAACGCAUCGUCAGGUAUUCUUCGGGCAGCAAAUCUGGGAGACAGCGGAUUCGCAAUAUUUCGCUCGUCUUCAGUGAUACACCAGCAGCCUGUACAACAGCACUUCUUCAACUGUCCAAAGCAACUCUCCAAGCUGCCAACGUCCAUUCCGCGGUUUUCUCGUGCUUGCGUCGAUUCACCAAGAGACGCCGACAUCUAUGAGACAAAGCUUCGCGAUGGAGAUCUCAUCAUCGCAUAUACGGAUGGACUGUCAGACAAUGUUUUCCCGGCAGAAAUUAUCAAAAUAUGCUCCCUAAUUUCACGGCGGUUCAACAUAGGGCCAAAAGCAUCACAACCGCGACAUACAGAUGGUGAUGAGCCAGAAGGGGAGCAGGUGGUAAAAGAGAGUUCUGAGGAUCAACUCGUCCAAACGGUGGCGGAACGUCUCGUCGACUAUGCACGAGGUUGUAUGGCGAACAAGACCAGGGUUAGUCCGUUCGAGAGAGCGGCGGCGAGGGAAGGCAUGUAUUUCCGUGGAGGGAAAGUCGACGACGUCACGGUGAUCGUCGCAUUGGUGCGCGAGACGCUCUGA